UGCGAUGGCCGCCUCUUCCUCUGCUCUGAAGCUGGCCGCCGCCUGCACGCUGCUCCUGUGCGUCGGGUCGGACCUGGCGCGGCCGGCCCUCGCGUCUCCGCCGCCGCCGUCGCGGGAUGACCAGGCUGGCGUGCUGCUGGUGCGGGAGCACGGUCUCGCCGAGGAGCUGGGUCUCCUGAUGGGGCGGCAGCGCGGCGACGGCGAUGCGGGCGACAUCUGCCCGGGGUCGUGGCAGUGCCAGACCUGCCUGAUCAUGUGCGCGGUCACGUGCGUUCUCAGCAAGGUGCCCAUCGCCUGCUUCGCCAACUGCACUGUGUCGAGCUCCUGCUUCGGCAAGUCUGUGGCACCGUUACACACUGUGCACGCUUGA